GGAAAUGCCAGGGUUUGUUUUGGUUACGGCGAGGGAAGGCAGCAGGGAAUGUAGGUGACAGUUAAAACAGUGCUUUUGGCCGUGAUACAAUGAGAGAAAGAGAAAGAAACUUAAGAACAACUGGAGGAUCAGAGAAGUCAAAAUCAAAGCCUACUACAAGCAAAACUUCUUCCUCCAAGACAUCAGAAUCUUCUUCAUCUAAUGUAAGGUCUUCAUCAAAAUCAUCAUCAUCUAAACCUUCAUCCAAACCUACAUCAUCAAGCAGAACAGCCAAAGAUGCCACAUCUAGUCGUACCAGUAAAACCACCAAAGCCUCAUCAUCAUCAUCAUCAUCAUCAUCCAGUAGACCUGCCAAAGCUCCUUCAGUGUCCAGCUCAUCCUCCAGAACACACAGCACUCCAUCUCGCCCACCAGACAAGACUUCAUCAAGUUCAAGGCCACAAAAGCCAGCAGCUGCCACUACCAAACUUGUUAAAGAUGCCAGGAGUGAACGGUCCAGUACCAAGGUGGAGAAAACAAGUCGAUCACAUGAGUCAGGCAGUAAGGACAGAACUGAAAGAAGAACCUCUAAAGACCCAAAGACACCAUCCAGCUUGUCUCGAGAAGAAAAACCCUCUCAAAGUACUAGAAGGGAGAAGACAAAAGAAGGCAGGAAAGAGACAAAGGAUGGAAAAUCCUCCAGUAGUCAAAGCCGAGGACGGGAGAGAGCAGCACCACCACCAAGCAGUCAGAAGGAACCCAGUAGAAACAGAAGCAAUGCUCGAGAUAAGGUUCCCAAAGAGAAGUCUCAGACCAGACAGACCUCCAGAACUGAAGUCAAGUCUGAAAGAAAAUCUAAAAAGGAUGAGAAACAAAGUAAGGAUGAAAUGAAAGUUAGCCGUCCACAGACUCGUCAGAAAUCACCUCCAGAAUAUUCUCAAAUGCAAAUACAAAAUGGAGAUAAUGAAGCUCAUGAUUCUGGUUUGGAAGGAAUGAGCAUGGGACCAGUGGUAAUAAGCAGACAGACAUCCAAUGGCCAGGAGGCAGAAGUGGUGGAACAUUCUCCAACUAGUCUUGAAACAAUGGAAUCAGGAAUCUCUUUGUCAUCUCCUCAAGAUCUAAGUGGAGAUGAAGUUGACGUGGAAGAAUCUAUUUCAUCUAAAAUGGUAGAGAUAGAUGAGGAAGAGGAAGAAGAUAAACAGAGAGGAGCCUACAUGAUGGAGGUGGAGUCACUGUCUUUGCAGGGCAUGAGUGGAGCACAGCACCCAGAGUCAUACACUGGUUUACCAGAAUCUGAAGCUGGAGAUGAUGAUGAUGAUAACUAUGAGGAUGAUUUUGAGGAUUAUGAAUCAGACUUUGAAGACGACAGUGGAUCAGGGCUGGAAGAUGAGGAUAGCUCAGGAAGCAAUGAAGAUGCUGAAGAAUCAGAAAGUUCUCCUGAAGAAAGUGAUGUAGAGUCUGCUGAUUCUGAAGUGGCUGCUGUUUUGCUAGCCUUACAAGAAGAAAAUCAAUUUGAAAAGAGGCUAGAACGUACCUUCAGUGUUGAUAUUCCAGAUGAGUCCAGGAAUUUUGUGUCACUAGAAAAGAAAAUACAACCAGUGGCAAUACCAGAGGUUGAAGAUAUAAUAGUAAAACAGAAGCCUCAAACACAAGUUGCAAGACCAAAAACUUCACGAACCUUUGUUAACUUUGAAAGAGCAAAGAAACAGCAGAAGAUGGCCCAGGUAUCAUCUACUAUGACAAGUCGAGGACGGGCACUGUUGAGCAUGAUACAGCUUGAUACAGUCAAUAUGGACCUUUUUACCUUGGCACCUGUUUCCUAUGAGGCUUAUAUCUCAACAUUUGGACAGGCCAAUAGACAACAGGUACAUGUACAAACCAAUGAGGAUGCACUUUGUGAAGAAGUACAAACGGAUGAAAUUGUAACACGUGACAAGUGGACUCAGAAGCCUGUCCACAUCAGUGUUGGGACAGACAACCAACUGCCAGGCCCACAGGAUUACAUGGGGGUUGGCGGAGAUGUGGAUCCAACAGAGUAUUCAACAAUGCCAAGAAAAAAUGCCAAUACUGGAUAUCUUACUUCAUUUUUAACUUCAGCAUCCCAGGUCAUGCUAGCAAUCCUGGAAGAGGAACUGCUCUGGGAUUUGGCAGAAUCUAGCUCUACUGAUUCAUCAAGCUCCAUGGAGGGUCUUGGUUUCUCUCAUCCACCAGUCCCCCUUGGUUCCAGUGUCAAGCCUCUUUUGCAGGGACGACUAAUACCUUUUGUACAAUUUUGUGCUGCUGAGCCAACUCUAUUACUCUCUGGUCAUGGCUACCAACAUCUGGAGGAGGAAGAGGAGGAUGCUAUGGGUUUAAAUGAAGGUGGAUUAGUCUGUCUGUGGUCAGUACAAGAACCUUCACGACCGCAGCAACUCCUUUGUUGUCGAGCUUCACCUGUAGCUGCUACAUUCAGUCCAUCCAAGCCAUCCUUGGUCCUGGCAGGCCUAGAAGAUGGUUCUCUGGCUGCCUGGGACCUACGGGAACACUUUAAAUUCCAUAGCCUCAAAAUUAAGAUUGAUGAUGUGAACUGGAGGGUCAGAGUUCCAUCAUUCAUUACUGCAUGUAAUGAGGAUGAUAUUGGGGAAGGCAGUAGAAUUGUGGCUGUUCAGUCUGUAACCACACCUGAGGAUCUAGAAGCAGACACACAAGGUUCAUUUCAGGUGGUCACACUCAGUAAUGAUGGAAAGGUGACGUGGUGGGUGGUGGUUCGGGUGCCUUUCACUAAUGCUGUGAUGGAUAUAGGCAUUGGCAAGAAGUACAGUAACAACAACAUUGAGGAAAGUAAGGUUGGAGUGUCCCCACAUACAGGGGCUGCACCUUGGGCCAGAAUUGCUCUCAAUCGUGCUGCAACCAUAGAUGUAGCAACCACUUUGUAUGGAGAACACCAUCUGACUGGGGGAGUGACAUGCCACAGCCUAAGAAUAGACCCCAGUGAUUCCAGUCAGCUUUAUGUUGCUUCAGUGAAUGGAGCAGUGGCUCAUUGCUCCCGUCACAAUGCCAAGACUUAUCCCAAGGCUUAUGUACCUGAUAUUGAGCCAGGAUGUGAAGCUACAUGUCUGGCUGUGUGCCCCCAUGACAAUCGUUACCUACUAGUUGGAAGUGGAGAUGGAGUUGUGCGGCUUCACAGCAAUGAGAUUGAUCAUCCCUUGACUUCUUGGCAGUCAGCACAUGACUUCUCACCAAUUGUUGAUGUGCAGUGGUCUCCUGCUAGACCUUGUGUGUUCUAUGUUCUGGAUUCAAAUGGAAGGCUACAUAUUUGGGAUCUGAGUGCUGGGGAUAUAUUCCCAGUGUUAACAAUUGAGGCUGGAGGACUUGUGGAUGGCAGUCUUUCUUCUCUUCACAUUGCCACCACACAGACAGCAUCACAUCAUCCCCUCAGUGCAGUUUUUGCCAGUAACACUGGUGAGUUAGUGCUGCGGCAAGUGAGCUCUGAGUUCUGUGCCUAUGAGCAUAUUGAAGACUACAAGACAGAGCUGGAAAGAUUCACCUACUAUGUUAACAUCAUAUAG